GGCGGCCACGGUCACAAACGUUUCGCGUGAACCGCUAGCAACGGACGUCACGAGCGCGCAUCACGUCGUCGCAUCUCGUUCAAUCCACGCCGACAAGUGCACUUCACCCUUUUCCGCCCGCGCGCGCGCUACACUCGGUUUGCGGUGUCGUACACGCGUUUCGACAGUCGUCCUGUCCUCCGGCGCGACGGACGUUUGCUGUGUGCAGCCGUCUCAAGCAAGUGGUGCGCACCGGAAGCAAAAUAUAAUAAUACACAUACGACCCGCACGAGUGUGACCUGCGGCCGACGAGGGAUAAGUUUUCGGACCGUGGACGCACGGGGUGCCGCACUGCAAGCGCGGUCGAACCGACUCGAUCGUCAUGACAACGUGCCGAAGUCUGCCGAUUCGCAACCACGCGGCCCGUGAACGACGUCGUUGACAGGUGUUCGAAGUCGCUCGCCGCCACCGCUCUCCGCCGCGGGUGUCCGUCCGUAUUCCGGGUGUAGCCGUCGUCGCCCCAGCACUAGCCGCCGCCACUGUCACCCCUCGUCCGAGGGAUCGCCCGUCCCGUCGUCCACACCGCCACGCGAUGGCCCGAUCCGGGUUAGUGGCGCCUCUCGUCCAGUUGCUGCUGUGCGCGGCCGCUCUGCGACCGGCGAUGGUCAGCGGCCAGGACGCAGACUCGCUGGCCAGUAGUUUUUUCUCAGGUUUACUGGACACUAUCACUAGUACGGCAGACAGCAAAGACUGUCCGGGCGUAUGCGUACACACGCUGGCCACACUCAUAUGCUACGAAGUGUUGGAGAACGUCAAAUGUCCUAGCCCGACGAUGCGGUGCUGUGUGGAACCUCCCCCGCUGCCAGCCAACGGCACAGUGGCCGCCGUCAACAAGGUGGACCAAACCACACCGACCACAGUGUCCAGCGCCCGUCCACAAGCGGUCUCUUCUAGCAGCCAACAGCAGAGGCCGGCUGUUAACUCGUCGUCCGCGGACAAUCCGGGGAUCGUGUGUCCGGGAGUGUGCGUGGCCGAAAGGAUAGCGGACUACUGCGAGGCCGUUCUGAACGUGACGGAAAUGUGCAAGACGGGUCUGCGGUGUUGCGUGUCCAAGGACGCGUUCGCCGGCGCCGAACAUCUGGUCGUGUUGGACAGGAACUCGACCAGGAUCAGUUUGAACAACGCCCCACACCGGCCGCCACCACCGCCGUCCACCACCACGACGGCGGCGACGACGACGGCGGCCGCGGAUACCUCAGCGUCUGCGGCCGCGCCCCCGCCCGGCAGCAAACAGUGUCGCGGCGAAUGCGUCAGCGGGCUGUUCGCGCUGUUCUGCGAUGACGUGGACGCCGACGCCUACUGUCCCGGCGACGACAGCAGCUGUUGCGUCACCGCGCCCGCCGACGGCGGACAGUCGGGCCAGCAGCAGCAGCCGCCGCCACCGCCGCCGCCGCCGCGUCCCGCCCAGCCGCCCAAACAACAGUCGACCAAGCCGUCCACCGCGGCCACCACGGCCGCGGGACCGCCGUUGCCCAAGUGUCCGGGCUUCUGUCUGCUCAACCUGAUGGCCGCUUUCUGCGAACGGCCGUCGGUGUUGGUCUCGUACACGUCCACGUGCAAACGCGGCUCGGUGUGUUGCGACAACACCAAAGCGGCCGCCCCGUCGCCGGCGCACCAGACGCAAAGGCCCAAGCCCCGGCCACCCGCGCCGACCACCACGACGGUGGCCACGCCGCCUGCGCCGCCCGACGGACGUCCCGAGUGCCCGGGAUCGUGCAUUGUCCCUUACUUGUCGUUCACUUGUUUCAGAAACGCCGAAAUGACGGACGUGUUCAAAUGCCGAAAACCGGGGACGCAGUGUUGUGCUUCAAAAACUCAAAUCCGUGAAGUUGUCGAACAGAAGACCGGUGUCAUCAACCAAGGGCCCAAUUCGCCGUCACAAUCUACGCCGCAAACCUAUGGCGGAUUUACGCACAGAAACGACACCAUACCGCCGUUUAGGCCGCACGUGCCCAGUUCGUUGCAAGUAUACACUCCGUCGCCAGUCGAUUACUCGGCAAAUCCUACAGUGUCCACGCUGACCACGUCAAAUCCUGUACCUUCCAAACCGUCGACGUAUAGCAAGUACGUAUGUGGGGUAAAGGGAACGUCUAGGACGCGGACGUCAAGAGUAGUUGGUGGCGAAGACGCGGAAGCGGCCGAGUGGUGUUGGCAAGUGGCGUUGAUAAACUCCUUAAACCAAUACCUAUGCGGUGGAGCAUUAAUCGGCACUCAGUGGGUGUUGACCGCUGCGCAUUGCGUGACAAAUAUUGUAAGGUCCGGCGACGCAAUUUACGUGCGCGUGGGCGAUCACGAUUUGACCAGAAAAUACGGAAGUCCGGGUGCCCAGACGCUCCGAGUGGCCACCACGUACAUCCACCACAACCACAAUUCUCAGACUCUGGACAACGACAUCGCCUUGCUCAAGCUCCACGGUCAAGCCGAGCUCAAGGAUGGCGUGUGCCUGGUGUGCCUUCCGGCAAGGGGUGUCAGUCAUGCAGCUGGCAAACGAUGCACGGUCACAGGAUACGGAUAUAUGGGCGAGGCUGGUCCGAUACCGUUGCGUAUUCGAGAGGCCGAGAUACCGGUGGUCAGCGACACAGAGUGUAUCCGCAAGAUAAACGCAGUCACCGAGAAGAUAUUUAUACUUCCAGCCAGUAGCUUUUGCGCCGGUGGUGAGGCCGGAAACGACGCCUGUCAGGGAGAUGGCGGUGGUCCUCUUGUGUGUCAAGACGACGGAUUUUUCGAAUUGGCUGGAUUGGUAUCUGGGGUUUUGGAUGCGGCAGAAUAGACGUACCUGGUGUAUAUGUUAAGGUUUCAUCGUUUAUUGGGUGGAUCAAUCAAAUUAUUAGUGUAAACAAUUUGUAAUUUUAAAUAUUCAAACAUUAAAUUGCGUCAGUUCAAAUAAAAAGUCGAACAUUGUUUAAAUUUAGCUUAAAUUCAUCAAUAAUUUAUUUAUUAUUUAUUUGUAUAUAAACCAUAAAAAUUAUUUUUAUGAUUAAAAUGACAUAAAAUAUAAUAUUAUAUACAUUCUUGUCUAAUCAUAAUAUUAAUGCAAUUUGUAAAUAUAAAAUAAAACCGUAAUUUACGUAUAGAUUAAGUGUAAAAUUGACAUUGGUAACUUAUUGUAAUACAAAUAUGUUGCCAAUAUUAAUUAUUAGCUAUAAACAAAUAUUAGUCUAAUUAAAAAUAUAUGUUUAAAAAAUUACUUUUUAUCACAAAUCAUUUUUAUUAUAUCUUUUAAUGUUUUAUAUUUAAAUAAAUAAAUCAUUGUAUUAGAUAUGUUGAAUUUAAUGAAAGUUUAAUAAUUUUAUAUAAUUAAACGUUUUAUACAAUAGAAAAACGUCAAGUUGAUGUCAUCAUGUUAAAAUUUAAUUUUUCAUUACUCUAACAAAAUAUCAUUACUUUUAUAGAAAAAUACAAAAAAAAUUUAUUUGAAAAAAAUUUUAAGUUAAGUAUAAAUUCUAUGGUAAAACUAAUAUAAUGAUUUUUAAAAAAGUUGCCUUCAUUGUAAUAAGUUACAAUUUAACGUAAAAUGUCGAUUGUGUGAAAUAUGAAUACUCAGAAUUAUAUUAUUGUUAAUUAAAUAAUGAAAUAACAUUUACCCAAAGGUUUUUCAAUAAAUUCAACAAUAUAAUUAUAUAACCAUCAUUAAAUUAUUAUCUGUAUUGGCGUUUGUUUUAAUUCGAGUUACAUGAUGUUUAGAGACAUUUCAGGUUUUGUACCUCGAAUAUAAAAAUAUUCACUACCUAUAGCAUUAUACUAGUUAAAAUAAAUAUAAUGUUUUAUGGACAUUUAGAGUUUAUUUUAAGUUUUUGUAUUUAAAUUUAAAACUUUAUUAUAAAUUAAUAAAAUUAAAGAUAACAUUGUUAAUCUUAA